AUGAUGUCCUACAUCAAGCAACCACAUUAUGCCGUUAACGGGUUAACUUUGGCUGGACCUGGGAUGGAUUUAUUGCAUUCAGCGGUUGGAUACCCCAAGGCUUCCCCCAAUUUGUCACCUCCAAAGACUGUGUGGUUUAAGAACCGCCGGGCCAAAUGUCGCCAGCAGCAACAACAGAGUAGCGGACAGGCCAAAGCUCGGCCAGCCAAGAAGAAAACCUCUCCAGCUCCGGAGACCAGUUCCGAAACUAGCGCCAACGGGCAGUACAGCCCUCUGCCCGCCGGCACCUCGGUGGCCCCCAGCUCGAGUGCCAGCGCCACCGUCUCCAUCUGGAGCCCGGCUUCCAUCUCGCCGCUCCCAGACCCGCUGGCCUCCUCCACCACCCCCUGCAUGCAGAGGUCAGCCGCCUUCCCCAUGACCUACACCCAGGCGCCGGGUUACACCCAGUCCUACGCUGGCUCGACUUCCUACUUCAGUAGCCUUGACUGCAGCUCCUACCUGUCCCCCAUGCACCCCCAGCUCUCUGCACCUGGCGCGGCGCUCAGCCCCCUGUCCACCCCAACCAUGGGCAGCCACCUGAGCCAGUCCCCGGCCACCCUCUCCAGCCAGGGGUACAGCGGCGCAGGCAUGGGCUUCAGCUCGGUGGAUUGCCUAGACUACAAAGACCCCACGGCCUCCUGGAAGCUGAACUUCAACGCCGCCGAUUGCUUGGAUUACAAAGAUCAAAGUUCGUGGAAGUUCCAGGUCUUGUGA